AUUAUGCCUCGGCCGACCCGUGAAUCGUACGGGGAUCAGAAACCACCGUUCUCAUACAUCGCGCUCACGGCCAUGGCCAUCUGGAGUUCGCCGGAACGCAUGUUGCCGUUAUCAGAGAUCUACCGGUUUAUCACCGAUCGGUUUCCAUACUACAGACGGAAUACACAGCGCUGGCAGAACUCUCUGCGCCAUAAUCUGUCCUUCAACGACUGCUUUGUAAAGGUACCGCGGAGACCAGAUCGGCCCGGAAAAGGUGCAUACUGGACCCUUCAUCCGCAAGCAUUCGAUAUGUUCGAAAAUGGAUCUCUGUUACGGAGACGCAAGAGGUUCAAGUUGCAUAAGGGAGAGAAGGAUAGUUUAAACGCUGAAUUGGCAGCGCUGGCCAGCUUCAACAGGGCGUUUUUAGCGCGUCAGGCGGGAUCAACGCCAGCUUCUGGGAUGUCUGGUGGAAUGUACGCACCAAUGGCGAUGUGUUCGCGACCUAGUCCUGAUCCUCUAGAUGCACCAGACACAUCAGCGUUGUUGCCGGCGGGGCCGCGGCCACGACGAGCAUUUACGAUUGAUGCCCUUCUGGAGCCUGAGCCGAGGCAGUCGUCCCCCUCCCCUCCUCCAGCGCCACAGCCUCACUACCCCUUGCCGCUCCCAGCUCCGUACCUCUUGGCGGCGCAGAGGUACCAUGCGGAGCUGUUGGCUGGACUGCAGCAAUCCUGCCUGCCACCGCUUUGGACGUGGCGAGAUACGAGUCAAUUCUCACAUUAUACGCUUAAUUCAUGA